CGGCCAAUCAGUCGAGAAUCUGUUGGCAAACCGUGCAGUUCGUUCGGGUUUCCUUGCUCGCGUGCUUAGGAAGCAGAAACCAAAAGUAAAGCAGAAAGCAGAAGCAAAAGCAGAGGAGCUGGGCCGCCACUUGGAGCGACAGUUCCAAAAUUCUGUCAAACUAUACACACGCCAUAAACCUCUAUAUAUACUCGACGAAUAGAUAGUGCCACAAUUUAUUUAUAAAUCGCCUAUAUUUUUGGAUCAAACUUGAGUGCCUUAGGAAUUCGGUUUUGUGUCUAGUGUGAAAAUGCCAGUGGCGAAAUUGUGAAAUCCCCGCGUGUCAAAGUCAAAGAAGUAGAGAGAUACACAAGUCAGGAAGGACCCAUCCAUAUCCCGCCACAAUGCCGACCUUCGGCAGUAAGUUGCUCGCCUGCCUGCUGCUCAGCUCGGUGAUCCUGGUCAGCGGACAGUUCGAGCACUAUCUGGACAGCCUGCGCGCCUCGGAAUUGUACGAGUUCGAGGAUGGCUCCCUGGGCAGCAUACACCUCUUGCCCAAGGGCGACAGCGAAACGAUCGUGCUGCAACUGGAGCAGCCCAUUCACUUCUACGGGGAGCAGUACGAGCAGCUCUAUAUCAACACCAAUGGCAUCCUCACCUUCAACUCCGAGUUUCCCGAGUACCUGAACCAGCCCUUUCCGCUGGAAUAUGCUUCGAUAGCGGCCUUCUACUCGAACGUGGACACCUCGUUCAGUGAUGAGGGCACCUCGAUCUCCCUGUUCGAGUCCAAGGAACAAAGUAUUCUCGACAGGGCCUCCAGUUUGGUGCGUUACGCCUUUAGCAGCCAGUCUGAAUUCGAGGCUCGUCAGGUGAUCGUGGCCACGUGGCGCAAUGUGGGCUACUUUGACUCCAAGACGGACCGUCUGAACACCUUCCAGGUGGCACUGAUUGCCAACGAGCAGAGCACGUUUGUGCAAUUCAUCUAUCCGGAUGGCGGUCUUAACUGGUUGCAGGGCGAAACAGCUGGACUUGGUCUCCCCGACAUUCGUGCCCAGGCGGGUUUCGUGGCUGAAGAUGGACGCUUCUACACCUUGAACGGUUCCGGAUCGGAGAAUGCCCGUUUCCUGAGCGAAAGCACCAACCUGGGUGUUCCCGGAGUCUGGCUGUUCGAAGUGGCUCCCAUUGAGAACGAGCAGAACGUGAGGUCUCCCGACAAUGCCGAGUCCCUCACAGAGUCCCCCGCUUUGGCUCUGAGUUGCCAGGCCCACGCCCAUCAGUGCCACGAGAAGGCCGAGUGCCACGACAAAGCCGAAGGAUAUUGCUGUGUCUGCGGAUCUGGAUUCUAUGGCAAUGGAAAGUCCUGCCUGGCUAAUGAUCAACCUAUCCGAGUGACAGGAACACUGACCGGAGAGCUAAACAAGCAGCCAGUCAGCGAGGAAGCCAAGCUGCAGUCGUAUGUGGUGACUAGCGAAGGCCGCACCUAUACCACCAUCAAUCCCCUGACUCCCGAACUGGGCGCCCAGCUCCGACUGGUCCUCCCACUGCUGACCACCGUGCCCUGGCUGUUCGCCAAGUCGGUGGGUGGUGUCGCCAAUGGAUACCAACUAACCGGCGGUGUCUACACCCAUGUAUCUCGAUUGCAAUUCGAUUCUGGGGAGAAUCUUCAUGUGAAUCAGACCUUCGAGGGCCUCAACUACUGGGACCAGCUAUCCGUGAAGAUCGAGAUCUAUGGUGAGGUUCCGGCGGUGGCAGCGGAUGCAGUCCUAAUCCUACCCGACUACGUGGAGGAGUACACUUUCGAAAGACCUGGAGAACUGAAAUCUGUCCAGGUGCUCAAUAUAAAUAUUACCGAGGAGCAGCGUGUGUUGGGACUUCAGGUGGAGCAAAGGAUUUUGUAUCGCAGCUGCCUGCGCGAUGACGAGGCAGAUCCCAGUGCCACCAAGGUGCUGCAGAAGAUCUCCAAGGUGGCACUCGACUAUGUGGAGCGUGACCAGGCUCUGCGCAUUGGCGCCAUGAGCAAGGUGGGCGUGACCCCCGAAUCGAAUGCCUGCAACGAUGGUACCGCCGAUUGCGUAGAGAACUCCGUCUGCGUUCCUUACGAGGACACCUACCGGUGCGACUGUUACCACGGUUUCGCUGCCCAGCUGGACGAGCGUGGAGUGGAGGUCUGCCUGGACAUAGACGAGUGCGCGACGGGCUCCCACGUUUGCGACGAGAAUGCCGUUUGCGACAACACGGAGGGCGGAUUCAACUGCUACUGUACCGAGGGAUUCGAGGGCAACGGCUACCGUUGUCUGUCCAACAGCACCGCUGACAACAUUGAAUACCCGCCAGCAGUCGAGGGACAAGCUGAACCCACCUCCGAACCAAGCCCCAAUCCCAGCCCGUAUCCCGAUCAGGGACAGGACCAGGAGCGGGAAAGGGAAGAUGAUCAGUAUCCCCAACCAAAUCCAUAUCCAUAUCCUGAGGAGCAGAUACCCCAACACCCCGACGAGUGCUACCGCUGCUCGAAGGACGCUGACUGUUACCAGGGCCGUUGCACGUGUCACGAAGGCUUCGACGGCGAUGGCUACACCUGCACCAAUAUUUGCGGACAUGGCGAAGUUUGGGAGAACGGACGUUGCGAGCCCCUGUUGCUCGAGAGGCAUGAUGUGGAUCCGCUUUGCGAUGCUCUAGGGGAAUGCCGAUGCCCCUAUGGAUACGAACUGAGCGAGGAUAGCCAGCGCUGCACCUACGUGCAAGAAUUCGAUGGAGAAAGGAAUGCCGAUCUGAUUCCCUGCGAUGUGGAUGAAAACUGUCACAUCAACGCCACCUGCAAUUGGUAUGGCCAGGAGCUUCGCCACAUUUGCACCUGCCAGCCAGGAUUCAGAGGCGAUGGAUACAACUGCGACCCAAUCAGCGACGACUCCUGUGCAAUUAGACCCGAUAUCUGUGACGUUCAUGCCGACUGCGUCUAUGAGGAGCAUUUGGGCAAGUCGGAGUGCCAGUGCCAGGCGGGCUACACAGGCAACGGCUUCAAUUGCCAGUUGGCCGCCGAGUGCCAGUCCGCAGAGCAUUGUGGUGAGAACGCCUUCUGCGACGACGGCGUCUGCCGCUGCCAAGCGGACUUCGAGCGUGACGUCAGUGACCGCUGUGUUCCGGCGGGACGUUGCGGCAGCGUCUUCUGCGGCUCAAAUGCCAUUUGCAAGUGGGACUCGGCGGAGGGCGUCCAGUACUGCGACUGCCUCGACGGAUAUCAGGGAGACGCUCUUACAGGAUGCACCAGCAAGCCUCUGUCCUGCCACGUCCUUAACAACUGCGGCAUCCACGCCACCUGCGAACCCACCGAGGAUCCGGCCAAUUACGAGUGCCAGUGCAUCGCUGGUUUCAAGGGAGAUGGAUACGUGUGCAUCGAGGAGCAGAACUGUCUGAACAACCCGACCUUGUGCGACAUGAAUGCUCAGUGCCGUUCGACCAAUUCCGGGCUCGUCUGCGUCUGCAAUCAGGGCUUCUUUGGCAAUGGAUCCUUGUGCCAGGAGCGUCAGCAUCAGGACUCUGACUUCCUGAUUGUCAGCCAGGGUGUGAUGAUCGCUCGCGUUCCGCUAAACGGACGUAAUGUCCGUCCCAUUUCGGUGGCCCAGAUGGCCAUUGGUCUGGACAAGGAUUGCGUGGAGGGCCGCGUCUACUGGGGCGAUAUUUCGACCAAGAAGAUCGUGAGCACCAAAUAUGACGGCACUGAUCUGCGACCCUUUAUCACCACUGAUAUUGAAUCUCCCGAGGGUAUUGCCAUUGAUGUCAUCUCGCGCCGCCUUUACUGGGCUGACUCAGCAAAGGAUACCAUUGAGGUGGCCAGCCUGGACGACCCUUCCUUGCGGGCAGUGAUCAUCAACAAGCAGCUCGUCAAUCCCCGUGGCAUUGCCGUGGAUCCCUACAGGGAGAAACUGUUCUGGUCGGACUGGGACCGCGAAUCACCCAAGAUCGAGAUGUCUAACCUGGACGGAACUGGUCGAGAACUUCUGCUGGGCAAGGAUGAUGUCACUCUGCCAAACUCCCUGGUGGUGCUUGAGAAUUCCGGAGAGGUGUGCUACGCGGAUGCGGGAACCAAGAAGGUGGAGUGCAUCGAACCGCAAAACCGCCAAAUCCGCACCAUCUCCAACGAACUGUCUUAUCCCUUCGGCAUUACCUUCACGCACGAUCAGUUCUACUGGACGGACUGGACCACGAAAAAAGUAGAGAUCGUUGACAGCUUGGGUGCACGGCAGACGCCCAUUCAGCCGCCCUUCUUUGGCAGCCACAAAAUGUACGGCAUGACCGUGGUGGAGCAGCACUGCCCGCAAUACCAGAGUCCCUGCCAGAUCAGCAACGGCGGAUGCACGGACUCCCGGCUCUGCCUGGUCAACCGACAGGCUCCGUCCGGAAAGAGCUGCAAGUGCACCAGCGCCUCCACAGGAUGCACCGUGCUGGCGCCUGGCUACUAAGUCUAUUUUAAAUGCAAACUGAAAUUAUUUUUCGAUACGUAUACAAUCAUACAAAAAAGCAAGUUAACCAAAGCGCGGAAGGAUAUUGAAGUAAACUAAACUAAAUUAACUUAACUAACUAGGAGUGCCUGUGUGCCAUUUCAAAGAAGAAUAAUUAAUAAAGAGAAAAAAGCUAGAAAUUUAGCCAGAAUUUAAGUGCUUGGGAGAAGCGUUUUUUAGAUCCAAUGUUCAACAAAUAAUUCAAUAGUUAAUUCAAGAAAAUCAUUAUAUAACCGCCUUUACUUCCCUGAGCUAAAGGCACAAUCUUACAUAAAUUACGAAUUUUUUAUAAGACCGAAUACAAGUUCAGCUUUGUCGACAAAUAAAUGGAACUAAAAAAC